AUGGACCAUAGUCCGGAGGCGGGAAAAACCGUGGAGUGCGAAGUCGUUCCAGAUACGGUAUGCAAUGGUGGAGAUCCUUAUGCUGCAUGGAGGUACUGGACUAAGACGGGUAUCGUCACAGGAUCUAAUUAUACAACGAAUGCUGGUUGCAAGCCUUAUCCAUUCCCACCAUGUGAACAUCACUCGAACAAAACACAUUACGAUCCUUGCAAACACGAUCUAUUCCCAACUCCAAAAUGCGAGCGAACAUGUGUCCCAACAUACAAAGAUAGAAGCUAUGAUGCUGACAAGUAUUAUGGUCGUUCUGCUUAUGGGGUCAAGGACAAUGUUGAAGCCAUCCAGAAAGAGAUAAUGACUCAUGGACCCGUUGAAGUGGCUUUCGAGGUCUAUGAAGAUUUCUUAAAUUAUGCUGGAGGAGUCUACGUGCAUACAGCUGGUAGACUCGGUGGAGGACAUGCUGUAAAGAUGAUCGGAUGGGGUGUUGAUCAGGGAGUAGACGAAUGCGGCAUCGAAUCUGGUGUUGUUGGUGGCAUCCCGAAGCUAAAUGAAAUUCCUUUCAGGAGGUUGGAAUUUUAAGG